CGGAGCCGGAGCUGGAGCCGGAGCCCGAGCGGAGCCGGGCCUGAGCCGGGGCCGGGCGGAAGAUGUGGUUCUUCGCCCGGGACCCGAUCCGAGACUUCCCGUACGAGCUGAGCCCGGAGCCCCCCGAGGGCGGCGGCGCGCCGGGCCCGGGACUGUGGGCGCUGCACCGCGGCAAGAAGAAGGCCACGGGAAAUGCGGUGUCCGUGUUCGUGUACGAGGCCAAGCCCGGGGACGAGGAGCAGACGCUGGUGGCCAAAGCAGCCUUCAAGCGGCUCAAAACCUUGCGGCACCCCAACAUCCUGGCCUACCUCGAUGGGCUGGAGACAGACAAAUGCCUUCAUGUGGUGACUGAGCCUGUGACCCCACUAGGGACGUACCUGAAGUUGAAAGCAGAAACGGGGGGCCUGAGUGAGCUGGAGAUCUCCUGGGGGCUGCAUCAGAUUGUGAAAGCCCUGAGCUUCCUGGUAAAUGACUGCAGCCUCAUUCACAACAAUGUGUGUACCGCGGCUGUCUUUGUGGACCGAGCUGGGGAGUGGAAGCUGGGGGGCCUCGAUUACAUGUACUCGGCCCAGGGGGACGUCGGGGAGCUCCCCCGCAAGGGGAUCCCCGACCUGGAGCGCUACGACCCACCUGAGAUGACGGACAGCAGCAGCAAAAGCGUGGGGGAGAAGUGGUCAGCCGACAUGUGGAGACUGGGCUGUCUAAUCUGGGAGGUGUUCAAUGGCCCCCUGACCCGGGCCUCUUCCCUGCGCUCCCUGGGGAAGAUUCCAAAGUCUCUGGUUCCCCAUUACUGCGAGUUGGUGGGGGCCAACCCCAGGGUGCGUCCCAAUCCAUCCCGCUUCCUGCAGAACUGCCGGGCCCCUGGCGGUUUCAUGUGCAACAGCUUUGUGGAGACCAACCUCUUCCUUGAGGAGAUCCAGAUCAAAGAACCUGCUGAGAAGCAGAAAUUCUUCCAGGAACUGAGCAAGAACCUGGAUUCCUUCCCUGAGGAUUUUUGCCGGCAUAAGAUCCUGCCCCAGCUGCUGACAGCAUUUGAAUACGGCAGUGCUGGAGCAGUCAUCCUCACCCCUCUCUUCAAGGUUGGCAAGUUCCUCAAUGCUGAAGAGUACCAGCAGAAAAUCAUUCCUGUGGUGGUAAAGAUGUUCUCCUCCACCGACCGGGCCAUGCGGAUCCGCUUACUGCAGCAGAUGGAGCAGUUCAUUCAGUACCUCAAUGAGCCAACAGUCAACACUCAGAUCUUCCCCCAUGUUGUGCACGGCUUCCUGGACACCAACCCUGCCAUCCGGGAGCAGACCGUCAAGUCCAUGCUGCUCCUGGCUCCGAAGCUGAGCGAGCAGAAUCUUAACGUGGAGUUGAUGAAGCACUUUGCCAGGCUCCAGGCCAAGGACGACCAGGGCCCCAUCCGCUGCAACACCACCGUGUGCCUGGGCAAGAUUGGCCCCUACCUCAGCGCCAGCACCAGACACCGGGUCCUCACGUCGGCGUUCAGCCGGGCCACCAGGGACCCCUUCGCCCCAUCGAGGGCGGCAGGAGUCCUGGGCUUUGCCGCCACCCACAACCUCUACUCCAUGAAUGACUGCGCCCUCAAGAUCCUGCCGGUCCUCUGCACCCUCACUGUAGACCCUGAGAAAACUGUGCGCGACCAGGCUUUCAAGGCCAUUCGAAGCUUCCUAACCAAACUUGAGUCUGUGUCUGAAGACCCAGCCCAGCUGGAGGAGAUGGAAAAAGAUGUCCACAGAGCCUCCAGUCCCAGGCAGGGGACCAGCGCAGCGAGCUGGGCCGGCUGGGCCGUGACGGGUGUCUCCUCCUUCACCUCCAAGCUGAUCCGAGCCAACCCCGCCCCCACUGAUAGCACCCCAGCCAGCGACACCCCUCUCAGGCCGCUCCCAGAAGGCCCCUCAGCAGCAGCCCCAGUCCCAGCCCUAGCAGCUGCCCCUGCCCAGGUCCCUUCGGUGACCUCAGGUCAGUGGGACACAAGAGGGGAGGGGGAGGACGAGGAGGAGGAGGCAGCCGAGGAAGGGGAGGGCUCUGCUGACCGGUGGGACGACGAAGACUGGGGCAGCCUGGAGGAAGGAGAGGCUCAGCGAGAAAACUGGAGCAUCAAUGAUGGGGAGCACCAGUCCAGGAGGGCUGGCAGCCCCUCUCGGAAGCCCCCCGAGUCUGACUGGAGCAGCUGGGAGGCCGAAGGCUCCUGGGACCAGGGCUGGCAGGAGUCAAGGCCCCAGAAACUGCCCGAAGGCACCAAGCUGGCCAGUGAGUACAACUGGGGUGGGACGGAGACCAGCGAGAAGGCAGAUCCCUUUUCAGCCCUGGCACCUCGCCUAACUGCCAACACACAGCGGAAUCCAGAUUCCUGGAGCACAGAAGCCUCUGGAGACUGGGGGACUGAGGAGAGCUGGGGGACCCUGGAGUCAGAGAGCAGACAGGCCAAGGCCGAGCUCGCUCGAAAGAAGAGAGAAGAGAGGAAGAGAGAAAUGGAAGCCAAGCGGGCAGAGAGGAAGGUGGCCAAGGGGCCCAUGAAGCUGGGAGCACGGAAGCUGGACUGAACGUCAAACCCUGGCAUCGCCCCCUCCUCAGAGCCAGGGCCACAUCGGCUCCCGUGAUGGGAGUGGAAAGGGGGCGCGGGCCAACCCGCCCCACCCUCUGCCCGUGUAUUUAUUGUACAAACCAUGCGUGAGGACCCAGGCCGGGCCCAGCCUGGCUCAGGGCCUGGCUCCCCAUGUACAUAAUCAGAGCUGGAAUACAUUUUAUUUCUAGCCCCUCCGA